AGAAGUUGUAGCAGUGACCUCAGCAUGAUCUAAUGAGGCAGCAGAGAGGACAGCAGAUCAUGAGAAAAACCAGAUGCAGAGAGACAGAAAAGAGGAGGAGCAGACACACUCAUUACGUCAUUUAUUAGUCUCAAGAACAGAUUUAUUGUCCACCAGGGGAAUCACGGCUAGGCUGUGUAUAUAUGUGAGUGCAUGUAGGACUGGACUUAGAAGAGAAUACAGACAGUUUCCUAGCAGCGUCUCUGCAACUGCUCGACCAGCAUGUCUCGGCCCGGCCAGGAAGAAGAUGAACAAAUGCAGCGUCCCGAGGUGACAGAAGAGGACCUAACUGACGCAAAGGACAAACUGGGGACAAGUGGGCCAGCAAAGAGCAAGACACUUCAAGUCAUGGAGGAGUGUGAGAAAGUGGGCAAAGCUGCUCCGUCUGUGUUCAGUAAAGCGAGGUCAGGAGGGGAGACGGUACUGAACACACGCUCAGCUCAACCAAUCCGGAAGUAGCAGUGGACCUCCUGACCAGGAAUGGACAACAACUGUUCCAUAUUGAGGGUUAUGGAUCUGUACUUCAAUCUAUACAAAGUCUUUGUUCUCUUUGUAAAAGUCACACUUGUUUUUGCACUUUACUGUUUUGUAAUUGCACUAUUAUAAGGGCUAAUAUUUCACUUUUUAAAAUAUUAAACGGUUUCCAUUGAAUGGUAAAUCCAACUCAA